UACAACUCAGCCCGUUAAUGAAAAAUUUCAUGUUUUACGGGGUCGUUUGUUUGGCCACUUCUUCUCCUAGAACGGUGACUUAACUCCAUCCGGCGUCGCCCUCUCCAGCACCGGCAACCUUCUGCCUUCUUCAUCGUCGGUCAGCCUCGCUGCCUUCUUCAUCAAUUACAUCGUUUCUUCUUCAUCGAUCAGCAGGCUGAGAUUUUGAACCAGUAUCAAUGGGGGUGAUAAAAGAUGGUUCUAUUUCGGGAACUUUACCAAGUAACAAAGUCUUUGGAGUCAACUAUCCUGGUUACCCUUCAUCUAUGGAACGUGCCUUGGUUACUCUUGGUGGAGCCGAAGGCUCGUGAGUCGCCAUCAAAUCUUCUAGAACUUCGUUUCCGCCCUGAAGAUCCAUACUCACAUCCUGCACACGGGGAGUUUGUUCCUUGUAACAAUUUUUUGCUCAAGAUUUCAAAACAAAAUAUUCAACCCGAAAUCACUGCAAAUGCUCAUUUGAAAGAAGAUGAUGAGAAUGAGACACAUAUAUUAGCAAAACAAGAAGACACGAUUUGUGCAGAUAUUGUUGGACAUGUGUCAGAAACAUAUUAUUUUAAUGGAAUGGUAGACUACCAACAUGUUCUUGGUGUUCAUGCUGACGUGGCACGGAAAAAGAAGAGAAAUUGGGAUGAUGUGGAACCACAAUUUGAGAAACAUGGUCUUAUUGAUGCGGAUCAAGAGGAUUUGAUGAUUUUAUUGCCUCCUCUUUUCUCAUUGAAGAAUAUUCCGGAGAAUGUGGUGUUGAAACCAUCUAUGUAUGUGAGUUUGAAAAAGAAACAAGAGGGAGUUGUACAACAUCGUUGGGAGAUGGAUAUUGAGCCAAGUCUUGCAAUUGAUUUCAACAUCAAAGAUGUUCCUAAAAAAGUAAAUUGGGAAAAGUUUAUAAAAGAAGGAACAGAUGAAUGGAAUUGCCAGAUGGCAGUUUGUGAUUCGUUUGAGGAGCGUCCUAUAUGGAUCAGAGAAUCUUUGUCUGAACAUUUGUCCAACAAAGGUCUCAAACUUAGUAGCAACUAUUUGAAAAGGCUUCUAUUUAGGGCAGCAUAUUAUUUUUCAAAUGGACCUUUUCUUAGGUUUUGGAUCAGAAAAGGAUACGAUCCACGUAAAGAUCCGGAAUCUCGCAUAUAUCAAAGGAUUGACUUCAGAGUACCUCCAUCCUUACGAAGCUAUUGUGAUAAUGGCAUAGCAUCUGGAUUGAAGCAUAAAUGGGGAGAUUUAUGUCAUUUUCGAGUUUUUCCUUACAAAUGUCAAAUUUCACUUCAAUUAUUUGAACUUCCUGAUGAUUACAUUCAACAAGAGAUGAAAAAGCCUUUGACUCAAACAACUUGCAAUCUGGCGACUGGUUGGUUUACUCCACAUGUCCUUGAGAUUUUUCGGUUAUGUGUUGCUGUGAGAUUCUUAUCCGUGUAUCCAAACACUGGUGCUGAGUCUUUCCUCAAAUCAGCUUCUUCACGUCUUGAAAAGUCAAAAAGAACAGUAACUGUAAUAAAGGAGCCCAUAGUUAACCAACAAAUCAUUAAUAGAGAUGAGGUGAUUAUUGAAGAAAAAGGCAUGAGCAACGAUGAAGAAGAAGAAGAUGAUGAUGAUGAUGAUGUAGAAGAUGACAUGGAGGAUGAGGAUUUUGAUGCGGAUGAGGGACUUGAUUUGGCUGGUGAUGGGACCAAUUUCUUACAAGAACCAUCUUAUACAAAUGAAGAUAACAUUUCAAAGAGCUACUUGCAAGACCUCUUUGGUAGUUUUCCAUAUAAUAAUGGAGGAGGCAAUGAGUUCCAAGAUGGUGAAAAUAGUGAUGGAGAAUAUCAUAUAUAUGAUCAAGAUAGUGAUGAAAACUACUCCGAUGAUGACUACUAAAUUGUUUGUUUUAGAAGAAUUUUUAUUUAGUAUUAUUUUUUUUUUUUCAUGUUGU